AAAAGAAAAGAAAAAAAAAAAGCAAAAAGCUACCCCUCAAACCAAUCAACUCCAUUGACUUCGAUACCUAAAACCCCGGAUAUAUUUCCAGCGCUGAGCUGAAGGGGUCACAAGGUACGUACUAGGAACCGAUUAGUCAGAAACCAGGCGGCUGAUCGCGGCUCCAUUUUUUGCAUUCCUUUCUUUUUCCGAGGGAGAAAAUAUAAAUAAGUAAGCCUUAUGAAUGAUUGUUGGAAAGUAACUCCAAUCCACAAUCGAGUGGGGUUGAGUGCCUCCUUGACGAGUUUGAUGAUUGAUGAAUGAUUGAUUGAAAACAAAAAAGAACAAUACUUAAAUUAAAGUACUUUAACUAUGGCUUCCUCGAAUUCACAAGACGCCGCUUGCGUCACGGUCCCCCAAUCGUCUGCACAGGCUCAUGCUCAGGGUUUAAACUCGGGAGAGAGGCGACUGGCGCAGGAAGACGGCCAGGAUGAGUACACUCCGUUACUUGCAAAUUUGCAACCUGUUGCUGGUGCUGGUGCUGGUGCUGGUGCUGCUGCCAUGAGUCCUAAACAAUCUUGGUGGACGACGGCUCAGGAUGUCUGGUUACAAGGGAAGGGGAUGAUUCUGGUCAUGUGUGCCAUGUUCUUUGGCGCGUCGAUGAAUGUCAUGACCCAAUUUUUGGAGAUUAAGGGGAGGGAUGGCAAGGGGUAUAAUCCGUUCCAGAUCCUCUUCGCUCGCAUGUCCAUCACUGUCGUCGCUAGUUACCUCUAUAUGUGGUAUGCGCGAGUUCCCCAUCCGUUCGGAACGCGAGAUGUCUUCACCCUCCUGAUGCUGCGCGCCAGCGGUGGCUUCUUCGGUGUCUACGGACUCUACUACUCCGUUCAGUAUUUGCCUCUGUCCGAGGCUACCGUGGUGACCUUCCUGGCGCCCAUCCUCAGCUGCUAUGCUUGCUCGCUGUUGAUCCCCAAUGAGACUUUCACGCGCAAGCAGCAGCUGGCCGGCCUGGUCUCUCUGGCGGGCGUUAUCCUCAUCGCCCGCCCAUUCCCGUUCAUGAGAGCGGGAGCCGACCCCGAGUCGGAUCAAGGUGACAAGCCCGGCGCCACCGACAGCUACCACCACGUGCUGGCCAUCGUGGUCGCCCUGGUUGGGGUGCUGGGCGCCUCGUGCGCCUACACGACGAUCCGGAUGAUCGGACAGCGCUGCCAUCCGCUCGUCUCGGUCACGUACUUCUCGUCAUUUACGACGGUCGUGGCCACCCUGGCGAUGCUGCUCGUGCCCUCGAUCCCAAUGGAGCUCCCGGGCACGAUGCUGGAAUGGACGCUGCUCCUGGGCCUGGGUGUGAGUGGCUUCUUGCUGCAGUUCCUGCUCACCGCAGGCCUGUCGUAUGCACCGCCGCCGCGGAAGCAAAAGGGCCCAGCGGAGUGGGACCAGCGGAACUAUGGGUCGCGCGAUGGGGAGCCAGCCAAGCCGUCAUCGUCCGGGUCGCGGGCCACCUUUAUGUUGUACACGCAGAUGCUGUUUGCGGUGUUUUACGACCGUGCGGUCUGGGGUAGCUCGCUGUCAGCGGUGAGCUGGGCGGGCUCGGUGCUGAUCCUGGUGAGCGCCAUGUAUGUGGCCACAGCGCGCGAGGGCGCGAAGGGGGCCGCCAGCGAAGGGAAGCAGGAGAAUGAGGGGGCGGAGGGCAUCCGGACUGCAGCUGCAGACGAAGGCUUGGAGGAAGGCGGGGAAAGGCAACGAAUCAGCGUAUGAGGCAACGCACAACGACGAUCUGAGGGAUUUGAUGAGCAUGCCUCGUCGUGGAGGAGGCACGACGGCGUCAGGACGCAUGGACCGACUGCGGGGAGCUCGGUCGAGCGAUGCCACAUGUCUGUCUGGGGGGGGGGAAGCUUGCAUUGCAUAGCAUGGCAUAUAUAUAGACGGCUGGAACGCAUGAAAUAUGAAUGAUGAUGUGAAUGAACGGAUGGAUUGGAUGAUUGGAUAAUGGAAGUUGCAAAUGGUGCAUUGAAGUGAGGCGGUCGUCCUUCCUGUACGCGCUAGUAAAUGACGCCAGUCCCGAUGCGGCAUGGGUCACAGAGAGCUCCACUCCAAUGGCAUCCCCCAAUGGCAG